GUCGGCACUUUGUGAACGGACCCCAUCGAGCAAAGAAGAAGAUCCCGUCAUGUAGCCAACAUCAGGCAACAAAAUAAAGUAUACUUUUGUGCAGAAAGUCCAACACCAAUUAUACCGACGCGAAGGCACGAUAGGCAGAUUUUCACGGCGCAAUCGCAUCAAGUCGCUCGCAGCAGCAUGUCUUCGGUUUCCGAUUCGAACAGGGCGUUCGCUGAAAAGCGCAGCAGUUUGAGCACUCCGGAAGGCAAGCGGAGCAGCUUGAACAUUGGGAGUUACGAUGUUGUCGGCUCCAAACACCCCUCGAAAAAGUUGUCCCAAGCGUCCAAAACGCCCGUCUGGCUCUUUGCUGUUUUGGGCCUCGGUGUUUGCAUUUUCUCCGGUUUCGUGUACGACCUGGUGUCGCAAGGUUCGUCGGGAAAUGGCACAGUGCCCGGAAAGAAAAAAUCCAAGAGUUCGGCGGAGGAGAAGAAAAAAGCUCUCGCGGAAAAGAUCGAACGAGAGGAGAAAAAGCGCGCCGAAAAACGGGCCUGCGACGAGGACCUGGACUGCCUCAAAGGCUACACGCCGGAGUUGCCGGGCGAAACAGACGUCAGCGACAUGUACCCCGGGAUUGAGGACAAGAUGACGGGCAAAGUGGACACGGAGGUGCACGAUCCCUUCGAGGCGGUGGCGUACCACCGGCGAAGUCGGGACAACUCGAUCCGUAAGCUCAUAAUGCAUAUGAUGGAGGACCUGCUCGUCAUCGCUGCCACCGGCGAGAAGCUGAACUCGGACUCUUUGGCAGAACUGCAAACGCUGUUGCUGGACACGAAGGCGUUCGGCAAGAGAGCGGAGGAAUUCGUAAACAUCAAAGGACCCACCUGCUUUGACGUCUUUCCGUUUAUAGAUUGCAACCUGGAUUAGCUUUGUGUUUGUUUCGUCCACUGACUCCUGUUUUGCUAUUGCUCUUAUACUUCCCUUUAAUACAAACAAGUCGACGUCGUGAAUCAAUGAAGUAGGUUUUGUGGGCUUCCGGUACGGGAAAGCAAACCGAGGCUCUGAUGGCCCAGAUGCAGAACGCGCUGUCCGUGCUCCGGGGCGUGAUUCGCGUGAAGGUGCAGAAGGAAUCUCUGCUCCCGGAAACGGAGUUGAGCGGCCUGAUGAAGGAAUUCUUGACGGACACGUUCACGUUUGACCAGCCGGCGUACUGGGAACAGUUGUACCAACAGACGAACGGAAACGUGUACGAGUGGUACUUCGCGCCCGAUGAAGAACUCUUCCCCUACGCCACCACCCCGGUGCUCAAGGGAACUGACGCGGCCGAGAAAGAGGAGAUUGACAGUAUCGCCGACGGCGACGAGGUAUGCAAUGCAAAAGUAUCGUACUAGUAUAAAUUGCAUUACAGAUUCGCCCAGCAUUGCAAAUCAAAUUUGUAAUGCGGAUUUACCUUAAGAAAAAAAUUUGUAAUGCAUGAUUGCAAUUACUACGAGUGCGAUACUUUUGCACAGGAUACGAGGACACAGAUUUUGUCUCCCUGCCGGUGUCCUGGCCGUUCUACUACCAGAAAGAAGAUGACAUGAACGACGACACGUUCCCGGUAGACAAAGACGGCAAUCGGCUGUCGAUGAAGGAAGUGGGGGAGAUCGACGACAAUCGCAAGGAAAAACUAUUCGCGAAAAUGCCAUCUACGUCCGAGAAGAAAAACACUGACGGUGCGGAGGCAGCCAGCACCAUCGUCGCAGCGCAGGCAUCGAAAAGCGAGACGACCGCAUUUUUGACGAACAACAGCGGCGAACUACCGAAGCCUCUGAAGACAAUGCAAGACUUCUUCGGGCCUGACGGGCCGAUAUUGCGCCACUAUUCCACGGCCACGCCGACCCCUUCUGACGGAAACAAGCCUGAACAAGAUGAACAAACGAAGAGCGCGGUCGACGAGGUGAACAAGAAACUGAAUACCAAUGUGAAAAUCCUGAUGCUGGGUUCGGGCAACAGCAAGCUGCCCGAGGCCGUCCGGGCGAAGUUCGGGUACGACGUCACGGCGACCGACAUCUCCGACACCAUGGUCAAAUUGAUGCAGGAACGCAACCCGGAAGUUAAGUACCAAGUUCUCGACGCGACGAAGCCCCUCGAACUGGGGCUGGACGAUUUUGACAUCGUUUUUGAGAAAGGCGUGCUAGACAACUUUGCUCAGAAGAGCGAAAUGUACUACCAGGUGCUGGCGAGCAUGAGAAACGUAUGAUGUGAUUUUUCUGAUUUGCAGCAAUGGCGUUCUCAUGUUGAAAGUCGCAAUAAUUUAUUUGCUGUUCCCCUGACCAUGUUUUCCUUUUCUGUCAGUACGAUAAUUUUGCACCAAGAUGAAAACAUUACCAACUCGCUCAAGGUGCUGGAACCGGCUGGCUCCGAUUUCAAGUACAACUACGACACCACGGAGCAGAAGUUUCAAACCGUCGGCAGUGCAGCUUCAUCCAUGCCGGCAAGCAAGAAAAGGUUUUGGGUGUCUGUGACGUUGCACGAGGCGAUGAAAGAGCACGGAGCGGAUCUGAUUAACGAAAACACGUGCAAGCAGGUGCGGCUGCUGAAGCUCCCAACCGUGGAGAAGUCGUCCGUCACUAGUGACAUCGUCAACUUGCACUGGUGCGAGUUCUGAGCUGGCGCCGGGUGAAGAUGUUGGCUGUAGGAACGAGUCGCACUGACUUCAUUGUGCCCGGAGUUUGUUGGCUUUGCUGAGCAACUAUCUUUGCGGAUAUCCGCGUAAAGUUUCACUCACAUGUCUGCGAAAACGCAAAUUUUUUAAAAUUCUGUUUGAGAAAGAUGGGAUUCAUUCGUUUUUUGAUCCAACCACUGUUUCGGAUUUGCCGAGCCUCACUAACCAUUUUGCCAUCUGUGCAUCACGUUCACACUUUGAAUAAUCCGCAGAAAACUUGCCUGAUGCUCGUCCACGUCUGAAACUAGCAUCAAAUUCCGUGUGCUAGUGAUAAACAAGGAAACAU